AUGUUGAUUCUCCGUAACAACAUAGGCCUCAAAGCAAUUCCUUCAAGUUUGUUCACAAGCAUACCUCAUUUGACAUACUUGGAUCUUGGUUUUUGUGGUAUAUCAGAGCUUUCGAUGGAGAUCGGUAGCUUGACUGAGCUUCAAUAUUUAGACUUCUCCUUCAAUCCUGUUGCAAAACUGCCGGCCGAGUUGGGUUGCUUGUGCAAAUUAGAGUACUUGUUUCUAAGUUCUACCUGUCUUAAGAUUGUACCCAAUGGGACGAUAUCCAAUUUAUUAAUGCUCAAGUGGCUGGAUAUAAGUAACAAUCCUCUUGUACCCAAGUGGUGGUGGGAUGAGCUGAAAUCUUUCAAAGGAGGUCACCAAUUAAGUGUGAGAAUUAACAUUAAUGCUACAACAGAUAACAUUCAGCAACUCAACAUGUUACCAAAUGUCUCCAUAUGGGGACUCACUUUGGAUGGAAAGAAUAUUUCAAAACAUGAGCAAGUAAUGGAUCUGAGCACUCCACAAUGGGGUUGCAGGGUAAGUGACAAGCUUGAAAUUCUGAACAUUGUGUCUCGGAUUAUGCAGAUUAGUGUUGGCUGUAGGCAUGGGUCGGGAAUCAAGUUUUGGAUGUUUAAAGCGUCUCCAUUUUCAAUUCCUAGAACUAUUGGUAGAGAUUUCAUUGAAGAGAGUUCGACUCUAUAA